CGUCUUCCACCUCAAAGCUUCAUUAAAGUCAGGAGAGGUUCUUGCUUCAACAGUGAUUGAACGGAACUUCGAUCUCGUUGGAAUUUCCCUUCGAAAACCUCUCAUUUCAUAUUUAUUUUUUUACACACAUUUUGUUAAUAAAGCCACAAAAAAUCCGCCGAAAUGGAUUCUCAGGUUCGCCAAAACUACGACCGCGACUGCGAGGCUUUGAUCAACAAGAUGAUCAACUUGGAGCUUUACGCUGGAUACACCUACACCUCCAUGGCUCACUAUUUCAAACGGGAUGACGUCGCCCUUCCUGGGUUUGCCAAGUUCUUCAAGAAGAACAGCGAGGAGGAGCGCGAGCACGCGGAGAAGUUCAUGGAGCUCCAGAACCAGAGGGGAGGACGCAUCGUGCUUCAGGACGUCAAGAAACCUGAGCGCGAUGAGUGGGACAAUGGACUGACUGCUAUGCAGUGUGCUCUUCAGUUGGAGAAGAAGGUCAACCAGGCUCUGCUGGACCUGCAUAAGGUCACUUCUGAGAAGGGAGACCCUCAUCUGUGUGACUUCCUGGAGACUCACUAUUUGAAUGAGCAGGUUGAGGCCAUUAAGAAGAUUGGUGACCACAUCACCAACCUUACCAAGAUGGAUGCUGGCAACAACAGGAUGGCAGAGUACCUGUUUGACCAGCACACCCUGGGUGGAGACAGCAGCUAAAUGCAGCCCUCUGAUCAUUUUUGCAUGUUGCGGAGCGUCAUGCUAUACUCCGCUUAAUGUUCUCACACAGCUAUGAUUUUGAGAGGCUGAAAGGUUCAUCUGUAGAGGCAACAUUUUAUAAGAUGCUUGCUAAUUUAAUCCAUCUUGUCUUUUUGUCAUCAAGCUGAUGCUUAUGUGUUUAAUGUACACUAAUUGGUUUUAACCAAGUGAAUUUGGUGAAUAAACAUUCUUUUUGGCUGGA